AUGUUGAACGAAGUCAAUAAACUAUCCAUGCUGCGUACCUUGGAAAGCGGACGAUAUCUAAGUAUGAGUUUCCGUCCGUGGGAUUUGUAUGAGUAUCCCUUAUUGCAAAACACGACAAAGCAUUUGUGGGCUAUCAAGACUGCGAAUCAGCUGGAAAAACCUAGAUACGUUCUCUUUGCUCAGCAAGCUGCUAAAAAAACCGUCAUGGAAGCAACUUACUUCGAUCAUUGUAAAUUAACCAACAUGAAACUUUAUCUAAACUCUGAAUUUUAUCCGUACGAUGAUCUGAAUCUAAAUUUUGACAAAUACAAAACCGCUGUCGUAUAUGACAUGUAUGUGCAUUUCUGUACGUCUUAUUACCAAAUUCCCCGGGAAUAUCGUGAAACAUUAUUGAACACGAAAAACUUUAUUCACGGUUAUACUCACGUUAUCAUUGACUGUUCGCGACAAAACAAAUCCAUCAAGAGCGGUACCUUGGAUGUGCGAUUAGAAUUUGAAUUCAAGCAGAAUGUACUCGCGAAUACUACAGCCUAUUGUCUCAUCAUACACGACCACGUGAUCGAAUAG